AUGGAGAUCCCUAAUGUAAUGAAGAACAAUGGUAAGAAUCCUAUUGAUUCUUCAAUGCCUAUCAAUUCCAAUGAAGAUACUGUAGAUGUUAUGGAGGUUGUGACCUGGGAGACUAUUGAUCAAGCAGAUGAGGGCUUAUCAAUCUCACCAGGUGGUAAUAAUUGGUAUACUCCUGUAGUCGAAGAAGUUGAGAAGCCCAUUAUCGGAUCUGUGUAUCCGUCUUUGGAUGUAGCAGAAUCAGUAUACCAAAAAUACGCUGAAACGGCUGGAUUUGAGUCGUUUAAUUCGAUGGUACACUGUAAACAUCAAAGAGAAGUGCGGAACUCAAAUAUUAAAAGGACCGGGUGUACAACAUGUGUGAAGUUCCGAUUGAUGAAAGGAACAAGAACAUAUGAGUGUUACGGUUUUGAAGAGGAUCACAACCAUUUACUUUUGAGACACGACGAUAUAGAUUUGACCAGAAAAGGACGCCAAAUGAAAUUUUCAGAUCAACAUUUCGUUCAUGAUGCCGGAAUAUCAAAUAUGGGUGCCACACGAGCUCAUAAGCUGCAUACAUCUCUAAGAGGAGGGUACGAAUACGGUGAUCCAACGGUUGCCGAUUAUCAAAAUUAUAAAAGGGGCUGUGACAAUUUUGUCGGUCGUGGUGAUGCAAAGGUAUUGGUUGAUUUGAUGACCACGAAGAGGGAUGCGGAUAAUAAUUUCUUUUUCGAGUACAAUUGUGUUGGUAGCGAGUUGCAUACUAUUUUCUGGGUUGAUGAGGUAGCCCGAUUCAAUUAUUCUGAAUUUGGAGAUGUAAUAUCUUUUGAUGUUACAUUCCAAACCAACAGACAUUUCAUGGUCUUUGUUCCCUUCACUGCGGUUGACAAUCAUAACUGCAAUGUCGUUGUUGGAUCGGCUUUGAUUGGACAUGAGCAUGUUCCAAAUUACAAAUGGCUACUCCAAGCAUUUCAGAAAGCACAUUCGAAGCCCCCUAUGAUGAUUCUUACCGACCAACGUCCUGCGAUGAAGCAAGCAAUUGCAUCCGUCUUUCCCGAUUCAAGGCACAUGCUUUGUAUUUGGCACAUUAUGAAUAAAGUCCCCAACAAGUUUAGUUAUGAUCUUCUUAAUAACACCACGUUUAAGAAACAAUUUUUCAAGCUCGUAUGGAACAUUCACAUAUCAACUGAUGAGUUUGAGAGUAGAUGGAUGGUUCUUAUGGAGGAGUUCUCCCUUCAAGAUCAUCAAUGGUUGAAAGAUAUGUUUGCUCUAAGAUCCUAG